AUGACUCCUGCAACCCCGUCCUACCUGACGCUACAGUACCAGGCUUUCCUCCGGAAUCAGGAUACUCGAAGAGAUGAUGAUAAAAGUAGACGUCAUCGGACUACAACAACAUUUUACCCUUUCAACGCGGUAUAUGAAACUGGAGAAGAACUGUUCUUAGGAACAUGCGACAGUAAAGGUGUUGGUGGAGUUGGCGUCCUCGUCAACACAAGUAUGGCAAAGAACGUCGACUCUUUCGAACAACGUACGACCUGA